AGCAGCCCGCGUUUAUCUCCACAACAAUGUCCAUGAACAAUUCCAAACAGCCAGUGUCUCCUGCAGCCGGGCUCCUUUCAAAUGCAACGUGCCAGACCGGAAACCGGCUCUCUGUCUUUUUCUCAAUAAUCUUCAUGACGGUGGGGAUCUUAUCAAACAGCCUUGCCAUCGCUAUACUCAUGAAGGCCUAUCAGAGAUUUAGACAGAAGUCCAAGGCAUCGUUUCUGCUCUUGGCUAGUGGCCUGGUAAUCACAGACUUCUUUGGCCACCUCGUCAACGGGACGAUAGCCGUCUUUGUAUACGCUUCUGACAAAGACUGGAUCCGCUUUGACCAGUCAAACACCCUGUGCAGUAUUUUUGGUAUCUCCAUGGUAUUUUCUGGCCUGUGCCCGCUUUUUCUGGGCAGCGUGAUGGCCAUUGAGCGAUGUAUCGGAGUCACCAAACCAAUAUUUCAUUCUACAAAAAUUACAUCCAGGCAUGUGAAAGUGAUGCUGAGUGGGGUGUGCUUGUUUGCUGUUUUCAUAGCUUUGCUGCCGAUCCUUGGGCAUCGAGACUAUCAGAUCCAAGCAUCAAGGACCUGGUGUUUCUACAAAACAGAACAUAUCCAAGACUGGGAAGAUAGGUUUUACCUUCUCCUUUUCUCUUUUCUGGGGCUCUUAGCCCUGGGGGUUUCCUUCCUGUGCAAUGCCGUCACAGGAAUUACACUUUUAAGAGUGAAGUUUAAAAGUCAGCAGCACAGACAAGGCAGGUCUCAUCAUUUCGAAAUGAUCAUCCAGCUCCUGGCUAUCAUGUGUGUCUCCUGCAUUUGCUGGAGCCCGUUUCUGCUGACAAUGGCCAACAUUGGAAUAAAUGGAAAUCAUUCGAUGGAGACCUGUGAAACUACACUCUUUGCUCUUCGAAUGGCAACAUGGAAUCAAAUUUUAGAUCCGUGGGUGUAUAUUCUUCUACGGAAGGCAGUCCUUAAGAAUCUCUACAAGCUUGCCCGGCGCUGCUGUGGAGUGCAUGUCAUCAGCUUACAUAUGUGGGAACUUAGCUCCAUUAAAAAUUCCUUAAAGGUUGCUGCGAUUUCUGAGUCACCAGUUGCAGAAAAAGUAAAUCAGCAAUCACCUAGUUUAAUAGGACAGCAAGUCAGUGUAGGUAUGGGACAAAAUUAAGAAAAGUUUUGGCAAUAUUUUAAUUAAUUGGAUAACUAUUUAAAGCCUAACUGGAAUAU